AACUGCAGUUUCCCAAAGAAACUUCCGCCCCUGAGUUUCUCACUUCCCAAUUUCAGGGCAAUUCUACAGUAUAGAAGCAUAGUAUUGGCUGCUGCCGCGCUGCAUCUGCAGCUGGAAGUUCUAAUUCCGACAGUGGUUUCUAUCCGUAUGAGGUUCUCGGUGUGAACCCCUGAUUGAGGGGUUUGACAUAGUUAAGGCAGCGUUUAAGAAAAAAAGACAAGGCUAUGAGCAACAGUGACAAAGAAGCUGCUGCUGCUACAGUAUGUAUCAUAUUCAUUAUGCAGCUGGAGAAAGCAACAUAUGAUGGCACAACUAACAAACAGGAAGAAAGGCAUGACAUUCUGUUCUUUCAAGGUUCACCAAGUCCAGUGUACAAGCUAUGUGUGUCAACCUGGCAAUUUCUGCCGUAUUUUGAAUUGGAUGCUGCAAAUCCAGUUAUUCUCCUUGAUUUAGACACUUGUAUGUCAAUUCAGAAAGAUACACCUCGCUUUUGCAGUUUUGCCAGACAUCUCUUUCCUGGCUCCAAUGACUUCAAGCACUAGCAUCCCAAAACUAUACAUAUCUGAUACACAGAGGCAUAAGGAUAUCCAUCGUACUUUUCCUAAGGAAUCUCUUCAUGUAUCAUAUGUCCAGUCCCAUUCUGUUAUAUAAUCAACUCAUUGGCUUGUGGAAGAACAUGGAUGAUGAGAUCCUCAAGGCCACCGUCAUGAAGUGGCAAGAACCAGUGGGCCAGAUUCUCCUCGCUCCUCAUUCUCAAAUCUGCAAGCAGUGCAAGGCUCGCUGGUACUAGUGGCUCGAUCCCUCCAUCAAAAAGGUCCCUGCAUUCUUCAUCUUCUUCUUGCUG